AUGAUAAUCGUUGUGUUGAUGGCGUUCCUUUUGGCGGUGUACGCAAGUCUUGAUGAUGCCUUCAAAACAGGCGAUCCAUUGGCUGAAUUGCUUAAUGAUCUAACGAUAGCCAUCAGUUUUAGUGCCUUACUGCCCAUGUGGUGGGUUAAUUGGUCGAGCCGUCAGCGUUUGCAAAAUCUGUUCAAUGAAUUUGCUGCAAUCGAAGAUGAUUUUUUCUAUCCGUAUAGACAUUUACUAGCAGAUUGUACGACUUAUGAUAAUUACCUGUUGUGGAAGGGACUGGCGUCGCUACUACAGAAUUUAUCAUUCCUAAACAGCGCUUCAACAGUUGAAACCCCAAGCAUAUUACUUAUAAUUUUCAUGUGUUUAUUGACAAUAUUGACCAAUGUAGUGUUACUAGUAGCAACACAUUUCUACCUCGUUGUUUUACACACUUAUCGAUUGAUAUGGGCGCUGAAUCGACGGCUCGAAGCUAUAGCAGCCGAUAACAUAAUGCCGCGUCUGUGCCAGCGGCGUCAUCUUUUGAGUGUGGAAAUCGAUACAAUGGCAAGUAUUUAUGCUCGCUUGAUAAGCUUGUGUGAGCGCUAUACACGUAUGCACCAGCUUCAUCUGCUGCUGGUGAUUGGCUCAGUUACUGCUUGUAAUAUUGAGGUGUUGUUUUAUGUACGCCUGCUGUGGAGCGGUAAAAUUCCUGAAAGGACGGCGUUCAAUGUGUUCGCGGUUUUCCAGAUAUUCGUGGUGAAUUUAUUGGACUUUUGGCUGACAAUAACAAUUUGUGAGUUGGCGUUGGUUGAGUCGCGUAAAACUUCGGCCAUUCUGCGUGGUUUCAGCGCGAAGCCGAAGUUGACGUUGAAUGUGGAGCGGAGUUUGGAAUGCUUCGCCAUCAUUUGCAGCAGCACAAAAUUGCGUUUUCAUAUCUGCGGUUUAUUCGAUAUAAAUCAUUUGACCGGCUUAAAAGUAUUAUCGACAAUGAUAUUAUAUCUCAUAUACUUGGUGCAAUAUUAUCAUGAUAAUCUUUAG